CCUCCACCCCUUCCAUACUCUUUAUCUUUCUCUCCCUUUUGUAGAAUCGAUUCUCUUCUCUUCCAUAUGGAGAUGGAGAAUCACCAUCCAUAUUGCAUGCCUGAUCUUAGGCAACUGCUCAACGGGAGGCCAAGUCAUUUCCAAACAGUUGCACAUGAUCCUGAGUUAUUCUCCUCCGGCAACCGGAAUCUUCCGCCCCCACAGCCUCCCCAUCACCACCACCACCAGCAGUUUGAUAUGAUGCAAAUGGUGGGUAGGCAAGUUGGUCAUGAAUUGAUGCCUAGUGGAAUUCAUUACGACUUCCAGUCCGAUGCUACUCCUAAUAAUUGUACCCCCACAGCUGCUGUGGCUGUCAAUGGUGGUUCCACUCCUAGUGCUAGUUGUGGGUUCGAUGGUGAAGCUAUUCCCUUUGGAGGUGACGGGGGAACUGGAAGAUGGCCUCGUCAAGAGACUUUAACACUUCUCGAGAUCAGAUCUCGACUUGAUCCUAAGUUCAAAGAAGCAAAUCAAAAGGGUCCUUUGUGGGAUGAAGUUUCCAGGAUCAUGUGUGAGGAUCAUGGGUACCAAAGGAGUGGGAAAAAAUGUAGGGAGAAAUUUGAGAACUUGUAUAAAUAUUACAAGAAGACUAAGGAGGGGAAAGCCGGAAGACAAGAUGGUAAGCAUUAUAGAUUCUUUAGACAGCUUGAAGCUUUAUAUGGAGAAACCAGCAACUCAAUUUCAGGCCAAGAAACUCAGUUUGUUGGCAAUAAUUUUCUGUUCCACGCCACUCAAAACUGCAAUAUUACUCAUGCAAAUCAAGAUGUCCAUCACUCACAAAAGCUUUGCGAUAGUCUAAGCCUCUCAAAUUCCUUUGAAUUCGAUCCUUCUUCCUCAGAUGACAAUGGUUUAAGCCCGGAAGCUGCAAUGGAGAAUGGUACUUAUUCUAGGAAAAAGAAAAGCGGUGGUAGUAGGUGUUGCAAAGCAAAGAUAAAAGAGUUCAUUGACUCACAAAUGAGGAAGCUAAUAGAGAGUCAGGAGGCAUGGCUUGAGAAGCUGACAAUGACUCUGGAAGAAAAAGAGAAAGAAAGGGUUUUAAGGGAGGAACACUGGAGGAGAGAAGAGGCUGCCAGGAUUGAUAGAGAGCACAAGUUUUGGGCUAAAGAAAGAGCUUGGAUUGAAGCCAGAGAUUCUGCUUUAAUGGAGGCCUUGCAGAACUUUACUGGGAAACAAUUGAAGGGUGUUACAUCACCUGAGAUGGUAAUGGCUAGUGAAAUGGAAAACCAAUGUGAAACGUUAAAGGACACCGUUAAGGUAGAUGGAUGGCAAGAAACUGAGAUUUCUAGGCUAAUACAACUGAGAACCACCAUGGAAGGGUGCUCUGAGGAGAUUCUAUGGGAGGAAAUUGCAGCUAAGAUGGUAUGUUUAGGCUUUGAAAAGAGUGCUUUAAUGUGCAAAGAAAAAUGGGAUAGUAUCGGUGGUUACUUGAUGAAAACUAAUAAAAAACGAAAGGAGAACCCAAGAGAUCACUGUGGCUAUUAUCAGAACAACGAGUCACUCUACAGUGAAACACUGAGACUUGGAGCAAAUGAUGGCUCUUCCCCUUCUAAGGCUGUUGGCAAUAGUGUAAAUGAUCGAUGCUUUCCAUUCUUAAUGGCUGAUGGAGAGAACUAUUGGGAUAGCUAUGGUUUGAAGCUCAAUAAAGGUGAAAACCAGUAAAACUGAAAGCCCAACAUAUGAUGUAUGCAAUGGGCGCCGACUAUUUUAAGAGGUAAGAGACUCUGACAACUUUUACACUCUUUUAGACAUGAGAGGGGAUUCUACAAUGUAUAAGCAUCUGAUUAUGAUAAUUUUAUAUGUAGGAAAUUGUGUUUAAUGUGAUUCUCUUAGCAAGUGCACAUUUAAGAUUAAUAUUUAACAAAGGGUUUAAAUAUCUUGAAAAGAGAGGUAAAAGAAAGGCAUAAUUAAUGUUGCUCCAAAUCA